UGGAGAGUGAUCCAACACUGAACCAAUUAACUGAACACCGAACAAGCAAACAAGUCGACCAAGAUUAUUAGAUAUACACGCUUGGCAGGUUGAGGGUUUAUUACAAAAAAAAAACAGCGUCGGAAAUGGGUGAUGUACACGAUCUCGACCACAUCAAGCUUGACUUGGAUGACAAACCGUCCUCAUCAGUAGCUUCCAAGACUGCACAACAACAGUCAUCGACCGGGGCUAAUCGAUCGAUCCAAACGGCCAAGAUCAAUCACAAGUUGGAAUACUAUCUCGCUCUCAUCGGCUCCUCGAAGGGCGUCGCGCUGUUGAAAUUAAUUGAGGACCUUCUGGGCUCCAAUGGGAUCUACGUCUUCGGCGAAAUCUUGGAGACCAAACCUAUCCAGGAGUUGGCUGCACAUCCGACCGACGCAUCCUAUUACGAGCUGCUCGAAAUUUAUGCCUAUGGAACUUGGAAGGACUAUCGGGAGAGGCAAGAUCACUUACCCAAACUGAAUGAACCUCAAAUCGCCAAAUUAAAAUUACUUUCGAUUAUCGCUCGAGCUUCGCAUUCGAGAAUUAUUCCAUACAAUGAACUCAUGGAAGAGCUAGAAAUUGACGAAACACAAGCCUUGGAAGAGCUGAUUAUAGAUGGGAUAUAUAGCGGCCUACUGGGCGGACGUCUGGACCAGAAGUAUUCGAGAUUAGAGAUUGAAUCGAGCGUGGGGCGCGACGUGAGGCUACGGCGGCCACUGGAUGCAAAACCCAAGUCUACCUCUAUGACCACCGACGGGGACGUGGAUAUGGACACUAACGAUGGGCCGCUCGUCUUGCCGUCGAAUACCUUGGCUGAACUUCACUCUAAACUCGCCUCUUGGCGCGAAUCCUCUGGCCAACUCUUGGAACAAUUAGACGCCCGAAUCAAUCUCAUUCGUCAGAAAGAUCAAGCGAAGUUAGACCAACAAGUGACCCAAGCAGCGACGAUCGAAACCCUCUCACAUGCGGUUUAUACCUCCUUAUUAUCAUCCUCUUCUUCGUCGGUCCAUCACACUAGUAGCAGCUUUAAGAGUCAUUCCGGCGGGGGCGGGGGGUCUGGCCGAAAAGGGAAAGAGAAAGACACCAUCGAUCCGUUCUCGAGCGACCAUCAGAUGGAAAUCGAUGAACAUGAUACCGUGUCGACCAGUAAGACCCGGAAACGAACUAGACCUUAGAUUUUUCUCGUAGUUGAUACCAAUCUUAACAGAAAAAAAAACAAAAUGUAUUUUGGUUGAUUCUGAAUAAAAACAUACUCAUCUCCUAUUUAUGUUGAUUCAAUCAAUCAAGAUAACAAAAAGAAAAAGAAAUCAAGUGUGAUGAAGAACAGACAUAUAUUUGAGCUUAUUAAGAAGAACCAAAGAAAAGUCCAGUUUGUACCGUUUUUUUAUAUCUAAAUCUCUGUUUUUUUUAACUUAUCGUAUACAUCUUUAUAUAGAGAUUUGAGAGACAAGGUUGUUUUUCUAUUCGAUUGUUUUGGUAAUGGAAAAUUUGAUAAGAAACUAUUAUCUUCCAACUCUCAUCAUGUACACUUCCUCUCUUGCUUUCGUAUAUCCCUUCCUUCCCCCCCCCUUUUUUUUUUUUCUUUAACUCGUUUGUUAUCUUAUUGUUACGUUGUGCUUUUUUGCUCACUUAUUUUCCAUCUGCUUUGCCCUUUUUUUUCUUCUUUCUGUGAAAAAAAAGGAAUUACAUGAGCUAAACUAACAUUGAAAAG